CUCAUCCUAUCGAUAAGGGUCUGAUAGCCAAGGUGGAGGAUGGGAAAAGAAUGGAGCUGUCCCAGCUACUCAAUGAGAUCAGGGCAAACUAUGAAAAGCUCCUCACCAGAAAUCAGAUAGAGACCGUGCUCUCAACAAGGAUCCAGUUGGAGGAAGAUCUAAGCAAAAAAAUGGACAAAGAUGAAGAGGCUUUAAAGGCGGCUCAAGCAGAACUCAAGGAAGCCCGACGCCAGUGGCAUCACCUACAAGUGGAAAUUGAAUCUCUCCAUGCUGUGGAAAGGGGCCUUGAAAACUCCCUACACGCCAGUGAACAACAUUACCAGAUGCAGCUGCAAGACCUAGAGGCAGUGAUUGAAGGACUAGAAAAAGAGCUACAGGAAGUAAGGCGCGGCAUUGAAAAGCAGCUUCAAGAGCAUGAGAUGCUCCUCAACACGAAGAUGAGGCUAGAACAAGAAAUCGCAACUUAUCGCCGCCUCCUGGAAAAGGAAGAAAUCAGAUAUUAUGGUUGCAUCCAAGGUGGGAAAAAAGAACAAAAACCUACCACAAGUAGAGUUGGUUUUGUUUUACCUUCAGCCAUUAUAAAUGAAAUAUCUUUUUCAACAAAAGUCCCACAGAAGUAUGAGGACGAAAAAGUGGAAACAGUGACCAAACAAGCAAUAUUAAAUGGAAAUGUCGUGAAAGAAAGCACUGAAGCUCAUGGUACUAUUCAGACAGAGAAAGUGGAUGAAGUUAUUAAAGAAUGGGAAGGUUCCUUCUUUAAAGAUAACCCUCGAUUAAGGAAAAAAUCUGUUUCUCUUCGAUUUGAUCUUCAUUUAGCAGCCACUGAUGAAGGGUGUUUACAGACUAAGCAGGAUAAUCUACCAGAUAUAGAAGUCAGGCUUAUCAUGAGAAGAUCAUGCAGUAUCCCCUCUAUCAAACCUCCAUCAGCAGCUAAUUAAUCCAAAGACAGUAUUUGACUUGAUGUGAAAAUUACAUUAGGUUGGACCAAGGUAGGACUGCUGACCACCUUCUGUCCCAAAAUGUAAGUUACUAAGUAUGUAUGUUAUGACCAAUGUAUGACUCUUCAGAAAAAAAAAAGGGGGGGGGGGACAAAAUGUCUCUGAAUCUAAUUAUAGGUGUAUUUUUUGGACAGAGGGAGCUUAAAAUCAGAAAUUUAGUACAGUUUCUAUUUUAUUCUCCAAAUAGUCUUCUUUUUCCCUUGAAAUUUUUAUCAGAGACGGUAAGCAUUAAGAUGGUUUAGUUAAGCGUUUGAAAUUUCACUCAGUGGCUGAACAUUCUAAGGA